AUGGAAAUAGGAAACAAUACACAAAUUUCAGAAUUUCAUCUUCUGGGACUUUCAGAGAAACCAGAAUUGCAGCCCAUCCUAUUUGGGCUCUUCCUCUCCAUGUAUCUGAUCACUGUGUGUGGAAACCUGCUCAUCAUCCUGGCCACCAUCUCAGACUCCCACCUGCACACCCCCAUGUACUUCUUCCUCUCCAACCUGUCCUUUUCUGACAUCUGUUUCACCUCCACCACCGUCCCAAAGAUGCUGGUGAACAUCCAGACACAGAGCAAGGUCAUCACCUAUGCAGGCUGCAUCACUCAGAUAUUCUUUUUCCUAGUCUUUGCAGUGUUGGAUGACUUCCUCUUGACUGUGUUGGCCUAUGACCGGUACGUGGCCAUCUGUCACCCCCUGCACUACACGGCCAUCAUGAACCCCUGGCUCUGUGGAAAGCUGGUUUUGACAUCUUGGAUCAUGAGUGUCGUGUAUUCCCUGUUACAUAGCUUAAUGGCAUUGCGGCUGUCCUUCUGUGUGCUAGUGGAAAUUCCCCAUUUUUUCUGUGAACUUAAUCAGGUGGUUCACCUGGCCUGCUCUGACACCUUUCUUAAUGACAUGGUGAUCUAUUUUGCAGCUGUGCUGCUGGAGGGUGGUCCCCUCACUGGGAUCCUUUACUCUUACUGUAAGAUAGUUUUGUCUAUUUGUGCAAUCUCAUCAGUUCAAGGGAAGUACAAAGCAUUUUCCACCUGUGUCUCUCACCUCUUGGUUGUCUUCUUAUUUUAUUGUACAAGCAUGGGUGUGUACCUUAGUGCUGGUGCUACCCACAGCUCACACACAAGUGCAAAAGCCUCGGUGAUGUACACUGUGGUCACCCCCAUGCUGAACCCCUUCAUCUACAGUCUGAGGAAUAAAGACAUAAAGAGGGCUCUGAAAACAGUCUUUGGAAGGGAAACUGUGAAAGGGUCAAUGACCUUGAGCUUAAGUAACACAUAA